AUGGGCGGAGUGGUCUUGAGUGAGCCCUCAAAGACUCGAAGGGCAUCCUCCUUUGUCACCCAUGCCUGGCUCCAGAGCGGCCGGAUGUGGGGGUUCGAGAAUUUUUCGUCUGUUGACGAAAGGAAACGAAUCUCGAAGGGGACGGCCGAAUCUGUGCUGGUGAGAGGUGCUGUGAGGUUGGUGAAUGGAGGUAGUCGAUGCUCUGGGAGAGUCGAGGUUUAUCAUGCAGGAGAGUGGGGCACCGUGGGUGACCACGAUUGGGAUAUGACUGAUGCUGCAGUGGUGUGUAGAGAGCUGGACUGUGGUGAUGCUGUAAAGGCUCUGUAUGGAGCUCACUUUGGAGAGGGAUCAGGGGCCAUCUGGAUGUAUGCUGUGGAGUAUGCUGUGAGGUUGGUGAAUGGCAGCAGUCGCUGUUCUGGAAGAGUUGAAGUUCUACACAGAGGAGAGUGGGGCACAGUGUGUGAUAACGGAUGGGACCUGCGUGAUGCUACAGUGGUGUGUAGAGAGCUGGGCUGUGGAGAGGCUGCAGAAGCUCUCAAAGGUGCUCAGUUUGGACAGGGCUCAGGAGAAAUUUGGAUGAGAGAUGUGGAGUGUGUGGGGUCUGAGUCCACAGUGAAGUACUGCAAGCCACAAAGAUGGGGUGCAAAAAGCUGUAGUCAUCAUCAGGAUUCAGGAGUCAUCUGCUCAGAUGGACUGAGGUUGGUGAAUGGCAACAGUCGCUGUUCUGGAAGAGUUGAAGUUCUACACAGAGGACAGUGGGGCACAGUGUGUGAUAACGGAUGGGACCUGCAUGAUGCUGCAGUGGUGUGUAGAGAGCUGGGCUGUGGAGAGGCUGUAGAAGCUCUCAAAGGUGCUCAGUUUGGACAGGGCUCAGGAGAAAUGUGGAUGAAAGAUGUGGAGUGGGAGCUGGGGGGUGGAGUUUUAAGUGCGUGUGUUUACGUGUGCGCGGUGCGCGGUGCGCAGCCCAGGUUUGAGAGAGCAAAGGAGUUGGACAUAGAGUUAGGAGUCCAACUGGUGGGCCAUUCUCACUGCUCUGGGAGAGUGGAGCUGCUUCAUAAGGAGACCAGACACACUGUAUGCAACGCCACAUUUGACCAGCAGGUUGCAGAGGUUGUGUGUCGACAGCUGGGCUGUGGGGCUCCUGUAACGGUGCUGGGAGCAGCUGCAUUUGGAGAGGGAGAGGGCCAGGUGUGGUCAGAGGAGAUCCAGUGUGGAGGCAACGAGACUCAGAUUCAACUCUGCCCAACAUCUCCUACACCCUCAAACAACUGCUCUCACAAGCGCGAUGUUGGAUUGGUUUGUAAAGAUGCUGUGAGAUUGGUGGGUGGUGACAGCCGCUGUUCUGGAAGACUGGAGGUUCAUCACGAAGGAGAGUGGGGCACAGUGUGUUACAGUGGAUGGAAUGAGGUUGAUACAGCAGUGGUGUGUAAAGAGCUGAGAUGUGGUGAUUAUCUUGACUAUAUAAAGAAUGCUGACCAUAGACAGAGAACAGGGAAAGUCUUGAUGGCUGAGGUUGUCUGUAAGGGAUGGGAGACCAGACUGAAGAGCUGCUCUCAUAAGGGAUUGGGAGAACAUACAUGCCAGCCUCAAGAUAGUGUUGACAUUUUGUGUACAGGUAAGCAAGUGUUUGCUUAAUGGAAAGUACAAAUUAUUUUCACUAAAGGACACAUAGUACCCAGGCUAGUGAGCGGUUCCCAUCAGUGCUCUGGGAGAGUGGAGGUGGAAUAUGGGAUCAGCAGGGGAACAGUGUGCAACACCACAUUUGACUGGCAGGAUGCAGAGGUUGUGUGUAGACAGCUGGACUGUGGGGCUCCUGUAGGGGUGCUGGGAGCAGCUGCAUUUGGAGAGGGAGAGGGCCAGGUGUGGUCAGAGGAGAGCCAUUGUGGAGGCAACGAGACUCAGAUUCAACUCUGCCCAACAUCUCCUAUGAACUACAGCUGCUCACAUGAUAGUGAUGUAGGGUUAGUUUGCUCUGGAUACACUGAUGCCAGACUGACCAAUGGCAGUGACUCUUGCUCAGGCCGAGUGGAGCUCAAGUACCUCAGAGAGUGGGGCACAGUGUGUGAUGCAUCCUGGGAUAUGAAGGCCUCCAACGUGCUCUGUCACCAGUUGAAGUGUGGGAGUGCUGUGGCUGUUCUAGGGGCAGAGAGGUUUGGUGAGGGGGGUGGAAGCAUCUGGCCUGAUGUGUUUGUGUGUGAGGGGAAUGAAACUGGCCUCUCAAGAUGUGGAAUCUCCUCGUGGCGUCGAGCUGCAUGCUCCCAUAGACAGGAUGCUGGAGUGAUCUGCUCAGGCCCUCAGCCAGUCAGAUUGGCGGGAUCUGGAGGAGACUGUGCUGGCAGGCUGGAGGUUCUCCACAACGGCUUGUGGGGGACUGUGUGCGACGACUCCUGGGACAUGCAGGAUGCCCAGGUAGUGUGCAGACAGCUGCAGUGUGGCACAGCCCUCAGUGCUGAGGUCCCUGCAUCCGUUCCCCCAGGAGAUCUGCCCAUCUGGCUGAGCGAGGUGAACUGCACAGGAGACGAGACGAGCCUGUGGGAGUGUCCCCCAGCAGAGUGGGGGCGGCACGACUGCUCACACAAAAAGGAUGUGCAGGUCAUGUGCUCAGAGUUCAUUCAGCUGAGACAGAACACAGAGCGCCAUGGACCGUGUACUGGUGUAAUAGAGGUGUACUACAACGGCACCUGGGGGAACAUAUGCUUCAGUGACAUGGACAAAAACACAGGCUCAGUCAUUUGCCAUCAGUUAGGCUGUGGAGGAACUGGAACAAAAGCUCGUAUCAUACACAAAGAGUCAGUUAAGGAAUGUCCAGUGCCUCCAGAGCUGAAGCUGGUGGGGGGUUCCACUCGCUGCUCAGGGAGGGUGGAGGUGCGUCUGCAGGGAGAGUGGGGGACGGUGUGUGACGACUCCUGGGACAAGAGGGACGCCCAGGUGGUCUGCAGGCAGCUGGACUGUGGGGAGCCUGUGCGUGAAGGGGGGGAGCAGGGCUCAUUUGGAGAGGGGAACGGCCCCAUCUGGCUGGACGAGGUGAACUGCACAGGCCAUGAGCACCACCUGUGGGAGUGCUGCCGCACCCCUCUGAAUCAGAGUGACUGCAUCCAUAAGGAGGACGCCUGGGUCACCUGCACAGGUGAGGGAGCACUCAGAUGA